AUGAGGAGGCUGAACCGCCGCCUGGCGCUCACUCUCUUCGGGGUACUCUGGAUCGCGGCACUGCUGCUGCUAUGGGGAGUCCAGAGGAAGUUGGAGGUGGCGCCGGGACCCGAAGGGCAGACCCCCAAGGCCUUGGAUAGUGAUUGGGGUGACUUGUGGGACGAGUUUGAGGAGCGGCGGUACCUGAGUGCUAAGAAGUGGCAAGUCGGCCAGGAUCCCUAUAAGCUGUACUCCUUCAACCAGCGGGAGAGCGAUCGGAUCCCCAGUAACCGGGCUAUCCGGGACACCCGCCCAGACAGAUGUGCAACCUUGCACUAUGGUCCAGACCUUCCUCCAACCAGCAUCAUCAUCACCUUCCAUAAUGAAGCCAGGUCUACCCUUCUAAGGACCAUCCGGAGUGUGUCAAACCGAACUCCAGUGCAUCUGGUCCAUGAGAUCAUAUUAGUGGAUGACUUCAGUGAUGACCCUGAUGAUUGCCAACUGCUGAGCAAGCUACCCAAGGUGAAAUGCUUACGGAAUGAACAGCGGGAAGGGCUGAUCCGUUCUCGGAUCCGGGGAGCAGACCUAGCCCAGGCCAGCAUCCUGACUUUUCUUGACAGCCACUGUGAGGUAAACAAAGACUGGCUUCUGCCCCUCCUGCAUAGGAUCAAAGAGGAUCCUACACGGGUGGUAUGUCCAGUAAUUGACAUCAUUAACCGAGACACUUUUGCCUACGUGUCUUCUUCCCCGGACAUGAGAGGUGGGUUUGACUGGACACUCCAUUUCAAGUGGGAAGAGCUUUCCCUCAGGGAAAAGGCCCUACGUGUGGAUCCCAUUCAGCCCAUCAAGACCCCAAUAAUUUCCGGAGGGCUAUUUGUAAUGAACAAAUCCUGGUUUAAUCACCUGGGGAAGUAUGAUGCAGCGAUGGACAUCUGGGGUGGAGAAAACUUUGAAAUUUCCUUCCGGGUGUGGAUGUGUGGAGGCAGCCUGGAAAUCCUCCCCUGUAGCCGGGUGGGGCAUGUCUUCCGGAAGAAGCAUCCCUAUACGUUUCCAGAAGGCAACCUCAACACCUACAUAAAGAAUACCAAGCGUACAGCAGAGGUGUGGAUGGAUGAAUUCAAGCAUUACUUUUAUGCCGCCAGACCUGUGGCCCAAGGACGACCUUUUGGAAACAUACAAAGCCGAGUGGAGCUGAGGAAGCGUCUGAAGUGCCAUACCUUCAAGUGGUACCUGGAGAAUGUUUAUCCAGAACUCAGGAUUCCUGAGGAGUCCUUGUUCCAGAAGGGAAUCAUCCGGCAGAAACAGAAGUGCCUACAGUCCCGAAAGCAGGAAGGCCAAGAGUUCCCAUCCCUGAUCCUGAGUCCUUGUAUUGAUGGGGAUGGAGAAGCAUCAAAGCCCCAGGAAUGGGCUUAUACCUAUGCCCAGCAAAUCUGCCAGCAGCAAUUGUGUUUGUCGGUGCACAUGCUUUUCCCUGGCUCUCAGGUACAGCUCUCUCCCUGCAAGGAAGGAGAUGAUAAACAGCGAUGGGCUAAGUCCGGACCCCGAAUCAAGCACAUGGCCUCCCGCCUUUGCUUAGAUACGGACAUAAUGGGAGAUGGCAGUGAGGACAGCAGGGAGAUGGUCAUCAACCCUUGUGAGACAUCAGUCAUGAGCCAGCGUUGGGACAUGGUGUUCUCAUGAGCAGACCUCCAUGGACAGAAUCAAUUGGAACCAACUCUGGGCAGGCAUGAAACACUUACCCAGAAGGGAAUAAUUCAAGAUAUGGAAAGCUGUGGGAGGCCUAGAAAGGCAUCCUGGAGUGGACGGUAGAAACAGAGCCACAUACAGAGAAUAGGAGUGGCCCUCUUGGAGAGGAUGGAAGAACAGAUGACAUGCUGAGUGUUGCCUCAGAGAUCACAAGCUGCAGGGGGACAUCCUCUGUGUUCUCAAGCAUAAUGAAAUUCAUUCUGGCACAAGCUGGUGCCUUCUCCUGGUUCAUACAGAAAGAGAGAG